GAAAGCGGACGUUUGGAAGAUUAUCUAUUAUAUUUCAAUUAUGAUAUGUUAGCUUCUCCUAAUCCUAAUUUUGGUAUUUCUGACAGUGUACAAGUUCCAUCAGGAACACCCGACCACGCAGUCUACGCUACUGAUCGAAUCACAGAUCUAUUUCAACAAUGGUUUAAAGAACAGAAACUGCCGUGGACUGAAUCCGGAGUUGGAGGAGGUAGUGAUUUCGUACCAUUUUUGACGAGUGGUAUAGCUGUUGGCGGUGUAAAUACAGGGGCUGGUGGGAUCAAAUCACCAGAUGAACGAGAUCAAUAUGCAGCAUUGAUGGGAACGGGAAAUGCGGGAAUAGCCAAUGCGCCUUAUGAUUCAUGUUAUCAUCAACAAUGUGAUAGAAUUACAAAUGUUAAUCCAUCUGCAUAUGAGAAAGUCGUUAAAGCAGCCGCUUAUGCUAUUGAACAUGUGGGACGGUUAGAUGGCUUGGAAAAGUGGCUAUAUCCACAAGGUCGAGCGAAAACUCCUAAGCUGCUCGAUAGAAAACAACUAUAUAAUAUGCAUAAUGAUACUAAUCUUUUUUGA